ACUCUAACCCCACCACUUGCCCCAGACAGCACCUAGUCACAACUUUUGAGAAGGAGUCCAUAUUGUGCAACACAUUAAUCGUCAUACCAUCGUUCCAUCCGUCGCCAAUAUGCCUCCUGCAGGAAAAAAAGGAAAAGGCUGGACACAGGAAGAGAAGUAUAACCUUCUCGUCAAUGUCAUUGCUCAGAUGGAGGAAGCUGGGGGAAAACCUGACUUGGAGAAGGUUGCUAAAAAGAUGAAGCCCGUCGGCAAGGGCGGUCGUACCGUCAAAGCAAUGCGACACAUGAUGGGUAGGAUUCGCGAGGACGCUGGGAAGUUCGAUGCCACAGACGACAGUGAUUCUGGCCAUUCCACCCCCGCGGUUCCAAGCGGCAAGGCAACCAAGACUGUUGCAUCUGCAACUGCCAACUCUGCCCGUAAGCGCAAAGCUCCCGCCCCGCCUAGCGACGACGAGGGUGAGCAAGAUGACAAUUGUCCCGAUCCCACACCUACCAAGAAGUUCCGAGGCAAGAAGGCACCAGCUUCCGCUGCUCCAGUCAACUACCAUGAUGACGAUGAAGACAACGGCAAGUCUCUCAUGCCACCUCCACCCCUGCCCCCGAAGGUUCGGAAGGACUUGGCGUCAGAUUCCAAAGAGCCUGAGCCUGAGCCAGUGCCUGAGACCAAGCCUACUGUCACCGCAACUAUGGACCAAGUUUAUGAAGUGCUUGCUAACGCCCAACUCGCCGCAGCUGCCGCCGCCGCUCAGGUCCGAGCCGAGCAUGCCACCGCUAUGCGAAACAUCAAGAAGAACAAGGAGGUCAUUGGUCUUGGCGAGGUCUAAUUCCGAAAUUUCUCUCCAUGAAUUACAUUUCCGCGCGUUUGAAUGCUAUGGACCGUAGGUCACAUCGCCUGUGUACAGCGUUGGAGAUGUUGCUAUGGACUGAGACUCUCUCUAUCUCUCGACAGCUCUGGAAGCGAAUUGGACGGAAUGCUUUCGAAUAAAGGUCCU